AUGAAGUACCUUGCAGUUCUCUUCACCAUUGUUGCUCUCUCCGAAUGUCUUGUUAAGUAAGUUAUUGUUUCGUUGCUGAUAUUUACUCAUCUGACAGCUAUACUUUCUGAUUAACUAAUGAAGAGGAGAGAGAAUGUGAAUUAUAACUUCAAAUCUUAAAGAAUUUUUCAGAUAUAUACAUAUAUAUAAACAGAUACACACAGCUGAGAGGAGAUUAGUAAAUGCAAAAUGGUCAUCUGGUAGCAAUUACAAGGGUAGAAACACAUAGACUCACUGAAGAAAGCAUCACUAACAUCUAAUUUGAGAUGGAACAAUAUUUUGGGGCAUUUGUGUGUGUGCUUUUUUUAGCCCAACAGGUCUCCUUGCCUUCAGUAACACAGUAACAGGAUGAUGCUCAGCACCUGAAGCUCAUCACAGCAUGUCCGAAGUGACAAGAGAAAGUGGAAUUGUCAAACUGUUCUUUGUAAUAAGCAAUUGAGGGCCCAAUAGCACACUUUGAACUGCUGCUGACACUAAUUGAAACAAAAGGAGUCUAAAAAAUGGGCUGCAAAGAAUUAAUUUCAUGUCAGCAAAUAUUAAACACCCUACACACCUACAGUUGUUGUUUUUUUCAGCUAUCUUCCUUAAAUUAAUUGAGAGAUGAAGCAGAUUAAUAUCCCUGUCAUGCAUUACAGCAGGGACUAGGAUCCUAACACUCCAUAUGUUGCUGAACUUGAACCCCCACCAUCCCUAUUUGCCUUGCUGGUUGGGGCUGAUGGGACAUGGAGCUCAACAAUGUCUGGAAAUCCCCACUGGCUUCUUUCCCCUGCAUUAAAGCUGUUCAGAUCCCAUCCACGUCUAUAGAAAAGAUGCAUGAAUGAAUGUGUGCAAGAUUAUAGGCUAUGGUACGAUUUCUUGAUGCUAAAAAAAGACUUUGAUUGCAUUGAGUGGGUGCGAACUUCCAGUUCAAUUUCCUGAGUACCCAAAUUUUUGUAAUAGCUUAGAUCUAGUAGUUAAGAGAGUUUGGAAGGUGUGCAGGGCUGUAACUAGGGGGUGGUGAGGUGGGCCCCCACCAGGGGCGCAGGCAAUGGGGGGCACAAAAUUGGCUAAAAUAUUUCCAUAAAUAUGUCUAUAAAAAUAUUGAUUAUUGCCUCCUAAGAAAAGGUUUUAAAUAGAGGGUGAAUUGAAGGGGGAAUAGAGGAGAGGCGGAAAGAAGAGCUAAUUUGUCAAUGGCUAAGGGCCACAAUCUGGACAGUUCUGCCAGGAGCGCAAGAUUACCUAGCUAUGGCUAUGAUGGGGUGGUGAUAUUAAACCUAUUAUUAUGUUUGGAGUUAUGGAAUGGAAAGACAGGUUGCAAAAUAGGCAAAUUUUACAAAGACAGAAAAUCCAAACCUAGUAUUUUGUUUCUUAUGUUCCAGGAUUCCCUUGCAGAGAGGGAUAAAAGUAGAAGACACUCUCAAAGAGAAAAAUCUGCUAGAAAAUCUUCUUCAGAAAUACCGUUAUGACAUUGGUACAAAAUACAACUCAGAUAUUUCUAAUGCUGCCCAGGUGGCUGAAGAACCACUUCUGAACUCUUUUGAGGUGAGGUAAUGCUUUUCUCUUAUCAAUUUUCUAUGCUGCUGAACAAUAUUUCCCCAAAGUUUUCAUGAUGCUCAGUUGAGAUACUUCUUCAUAUUUCUCCUGACACCCAGAGGUUAUCAAUAUAAUAUGUUAGAUGCAAUUCAGCAAAACACAGCCACAACUCAAUCACACAAUGGGACUUAGUCAUGACUAUCACAAAGCCCUCUUGUUUUCAACAUUGUUGUUGUUGUUGUUUAGUCGUUUAGUCGUGUCCGACUCUUCGUGACCCCAUGGACCAGAGCACGCCAGGCACUCCUGUCUUCCACCGCCUCCCGCAGUUUGGUCAGGCUCAUGUUUGUAGCUUCGAGAACACUGUCCAACCAUCUUGUCCUCUGUCGUCCCCCUCUCCCUGUGCCCUCCAUCUUUCCCAACAUCAGGGUCUUUUCCAGGGAGUCUUCUCUUCUCAUGAGGUGGCCAAAGUAUUGGAGCCUCAACUUCACGAUCUGUCCUUCCAGUGAGCACUCAGGGCUGAUUUCCUUAAGAAUGGAUGCGUUUGAUCUUCUUGCAGUCCAUGGGACUCUCAAGAGUCUCCUCCAGCACCAUAAUUCAAAAGCAUCAAUUCUUCGGCGAUCAGCCUUCUUGAUGGUCCAGCUCUCACUUCCAUACAUCACUACUGGGGAAACCAUAGCUUUAACUAUACGGACCUUUGUUGGCAAGGUGAUGUCUCUGCUUUUUAAGAUGCUGUCUAGGUUUGCCAUCGCCUUUCUCCCAAGGAGCAGGCGUCUUUUAAUUUCGUGACUGCUGUCAACAUCUGCAGUGAUCGUUUUCAACAUAAGAAGUUGCAACUAACUUUUGCUGGAUUGUGACCCAUAGAGGAGUUAUGAGCCAGCCAAAGUUAAUUACAUUGAAAUCCCAUUGACACCUAGGGUAGCCAGAUACAGUAGAGAACAGGGUUCUUGCACCUUUAAUAGUUGUGUAGAAGAGGGAAUUUCAGCAGGUUGUUGUUGUUGUUUAGUCGUUUAGUCGUGUCCGACUCUUCGUGACCCUUCAUUCAAGUUCACAGAUGCUGAGUGCCCCUUUAUUACAACUAUUCAAGGUGUGAGAACCGUGUUCUUUUUUGCAUCUAGCCAUCUUAUUAAAGGGCAGAGCAGGAAAAUGAUGAAGCCAGGGUGUUGUGUAGGCCAGAAAAAUAGUACUUUAGCUUGCUUUUUGUGAUGAACAUUGUGACAGCUCUUCUAUGGCAAUAAAUGGUACUUACUUGUUUUUUAAAAAAAUAUUUAUAAUUUUCAAUUAUAACAAAAAGGAAAACAUUUCACAAAUCAAUCAACAGUAAUUCUUACACUUUGAAUCUUGACUUCCCUCCCCCUUUUUCUGUAGUUCCUUAAAAUUGUUUUCAUCUUUCCCUGCAUAUCCCAGAUUGUCUCAAUCUAUUCUUUUUAAAAAAUCUAUUAUAUAUAUUUUUAGAAACUGCAGGUUUUUACAAUGGCACUUAUUUCUUAUGCACAGAAGUUAUUUGAAGUGGGGGAAAUGUCAGUUCUGCUGUAUUUCUCCUGUUUGUGAGUUAUGUUAAAGCACAUACUGCUUUUACAUUAUGUCGUUUAUUAUUUGUUUAUUUGAACAAUUCCCUUUUCACAUUAUCCCACUUUUGACAGGAAAUAAAUUUCUCCUUUCUAACUAUUAUUUUUUUAAAUGUAGCACUUAGAUUUACAGUGAUUACCUUGCAUAUCUGCGAGGAAGUAAAAUGUUCAAAAGCCUAAAAAGAAGGAAAGUUUUGCAAAUUGUGUUUAUUUUAUGAAUUAACAGACUGAAUACUAUGGAACAAUCUACAUUGGAACUCCACCACAGAAGUUCACUGUUGUGUUUGAUACUGGAUCAUCCACUCUCUGGGUACCCUCUGUCUAUUGCAGUAGUCCAGCAUGCCGUAAGUAACUGGCUAUAAAAAAGUCUUCAAGCAUGUCAGUCUGUUAUUAAAAAUGACCUGGGAGGGCCUAUGAAGUUGUGUAAAGGAAUGGAUUCAUUAGUUCACAAUCCAGCAUUGCAGACUCAGGUCAUAAUUCUAUUUACAUAUGAGUAGGGUUGAUUGAACUCAGUGAUGCCAACGUCUAAAUAAAUGUGUGGAAUUUGCAAUCCUAUACCCAUUUACCUGAUGUGGGCUUGCAAUCCUAUACCCAUUUACCUGAUGUGUCAUCAGUAUCCCCACACAGCCCAAGUAAGGGGGGCAGUGGAGGGGGGCAGGGUAGUAGAGUGGGGGCACAUCCCAUUAUGCUUCAAGUGGCAAAACAGGGCACUCCACUGCUGGAGAGAGAGAUCUUAGUUUUCAGUGAUCAGGUGUAAUGAUCUCAGGCAGGCAAACAAGCUCCGGAAAGAAGUAAUGAGUUUCUUGGAAGAUUUACAGUAGUUUACAAUUAAUACAGAGAGAGCAGCAUGAGCCUGCCAUUCUCAGCUACAAGGUGCUCAAUCUGAGUCCCCACCUUGUACAUAGCUGUAAACUUUCAGAUUUGAAAAUAAGGGAUCAGCAGCCUCACCUGUCCCGGGGACAGUCUUUUGUUGUUUAGUCAUUUAGUCGUGUCCGACUCUUUGUGACCCCAUGGACCAGAGCACACCAGGCACUCCUGUCUUCCACUGCCUCCCGCAGUUUGGUCAAACUCAUGCUGGUAGCUUUAAGAACACUGUCCAACCAUCUGGUCCUCUGUCGUCCCCUUCUCCAUCUUUCCCAGUAUCAGGAUAUUUUCCAGGGAGUCUUCUCUUCUCAUGAGGUGGCCAAAGUACUGGAGCCUCAGCUUCAGGAUCUGUCCUUCCAGUGAGCACUCAGGGCUGAUUUCCUUAAGAAUGGAUGCGUUUGAUCUUCUUGCAGCCCAUGGGACUCUCAAGAGUCUCCUCCAGCACCAUAAUUCAAAAGCAUCAAUUAUUCGGCGAGAUUAGUAAAAAAAUUGUGUUUGGUGAGAUUAGUAAAAAAAGUAAUAUAUCCCAGCUCCGGUUAUCUAAAUGUUUCCCUAGUGUUUUCCAAUGUCCUUUUAUUACAAUUAUUCUCUUCAGAAAAUUUAUACCUUCAGUUUGUUUCUGCUAUUGAUCACUAAUUAAAAGUUGUUUUUGUAUUAAUUAAUUUCUGUUUCCUUUUUACCUUUAGAAACACACCAUAGAUUUGACCCACGUACGUCUUCUACCUUCCAAGGAACAGGACAGCCAUUCUCCAUUAAGUAUGGGAAAGGAAGCAUGGAAGGGAUCUUUGGACUUGAUACAGUCAAGGUAAACUAAUAGUAUUUUAUAGAUACAGGACAAGUUGAGAAUACAAGCUUAUAAAAAUAUUGACUCUUCUGUGCAUUUCCAAGGACUAUACUUCUCAGUGUUUUUGAAUCCUGGAAAAUUUAAAGCAGUAAAAACUGCAUCAGCCCUUUAUAUUCUGUGGAGAUAUUUAUGCACAGUAUAUAUACAUUGAUGGCUGCUCCUCAAGGAAUUCAGAACACAAUAUGUGGUAACAAAUAAGUUUAUUUUUAAUUGUCGUUGUUACAAUCAAAGUAGUACAAAUUAAAGCUGCAGUACUAAGGUUAUGCAAUCCUGAAGUAAAUAUCAAUGAAAUUGAUGAGACCUACCUCUGAAUAAAGAGGCAUAAAACUAGGACCCAAUUUGCUCUUGCCCACUAUCCAUAGGAGCCAAUUCUUAUGGGCCAUGGUCCCUUCAUCCCCCAAAUAUUAUCUGAUGAGGGCCGCCGCCCAAAGUUAAUGGGCUUUGCCAUUCAAGUGGUGUGCAUUGACUGUGUCUUGUGAUCAAUUAUGCAGGAUGGGACUUACCUCCCGCCCCCAAUAUUUUGUUACCUGCCACUAUCCAUGUUUGAAUAUUAUUGUCUGAAAGGUCAAAUGAGGUUUCCUUUCAUGUUAACAUGCACAGGAUUGUAGCCUCAAUGCAAUGCUCAUAAAAGCCUGCUCUGUACUUUACAACUUGAUAAAGAAGUAAGGGAAGACUUUGUUUUUCUCCUAGAUAUCUGAUCUUACCAUUUCCGAUAUGGAAUUCGGCUUGAGUACCAGUGAGUCAGAAGACCCCUUUUCCAGAACUAAAUAUGAUGGGAUCCUUGGCUUAAACCCUUGGAAAAAAAGUUCAUUCUUUGAUAACCUGAUGAAGAAAGGCUUGCUUGAGAAAGACGAAUUUUCUGUUUAUCUCAGCGGGUAAACACUAUUUUGCUUUACUGCUAAGAAGAUUUGUUGCAUGUUGAUGGAGGACUCAUGGAAGGAAACUGCGCAUGAGAUUAGUUUACAGGUUGGCUAAUGCUUUGCCUGCUGAAUCUUGUAGAACAGGCUGUCUACCACUGUGCUUUGUUUGCACAGCGGUUGGUGGGUAGAGAGGACUGGAACCUCCAUCCCCAAAUUGGUCAGAAUGCUGAGCCCCUCCAGGGAUGAAUAAGCUAUUGUAGUCAAGGCUACUUGAUGCUGUUGAAGAAAAGGUUCCUCCAGUUUUCUAGUACCCAGCAGUCGACUGCACCAUCUUGCUUGUUGUGCCUUGAGAGCAGGGGCCAAGCUCAGGUGAGCUAAGUGUUAAUGUGGGAAGAGAGGGAGGUGGACAGACUUGAGGCAGAGAGUGAAGAGGUCAACCCCCCUGCUUCUUUUACUAUUAUUUAAUGCAUGGAAAUACGGAAUUUUAAAAAUGUUGUAGUUCAUCCAUGUAGCUACAUUCCCUUUUCAUUUUAAUUUAGUACUGUACCAACUUGAAAUCUGCCCCCAAAAACACUUUAGAGAUUUGGAGUUUUUGCUCCAAAUCACAAUCCUACCCCAUGCAGAAUAACUGGAGGAUAGUAUCACAAAGACCAUUUCACCUGACUAUUUUGGGGGUAGAUCAAGAACUGAAGGGUAUAAAUUGCUCCCUCCCAUCAGGUGGCUAAUAUGCAACCCAUCCUGUACAUGUCAGCUCAGAAGUCAGUGCUACAGUGCCUGGCACUGCAACCUUAAUGGUUUUUUGAAAGGGAGGUAGCAAGCCUUUGUAGGGCAGAAGGCAGGAAGGGAAGCAGUAGGUGGAAGCAGAGCCAGACACAAGUGAAGCCAGCUGAUUUUGUCCGCAUUCUCCACCCAGCUGAGGAUAUAAAGGUAGCAAUUAGACUGACUAAGGAGGAGGAAUCUGACAGACAGUGACACUCCCUAGACUGGGUGCAGGCAGGCAGGCAGGUGAGGCUGGCUAGUAGUAGAUUGAGGCUGGUGGAGUAGAAGCCAUUUCCGCAGAAUGGCCUCCACUGCCCCAAACUGGCUUGCUUAAAAUCACAAUGAAAACCAAUUAGAAGAACAAAACUAAUGAAGAUUAUGAAGAGGGAAGUCAGUGUGUGAUAUACAGAGCUGAAUAGGAAGCAUGGUGAUAUAUAGAACAUUAACAGCAUUCACCUUUCAAAAUCUUAGAGCCUUCAUUGUCCAGUGUUCACCAGUAGAUACUGGUGCACUGCAAAAGUUCCUUUCUCUCUCUCUUUUUGUCUAAUUUGGACAGAGGUACAAGAACAUGAUACAUACACUUUUUAAAUAUGCAGCCCAGCUUAUUCUGAAUGAAUGACUUCACAACAUCAUAUAUUUAUCUAUGUUUCAGAAAAACAGAUGGGAGCAUGAUCAUUUUUGGUGGAAUUGAUCAAUCUUAUUUCACUGGUCCUAUUAACUGGAUUCCUGCCGCAUAUAGGAAAUUUAAGAUUGAAGUGGACAGGUAAGCAGAAAUUAUUCUUAUUAGUAGUAUUAGCAACAUUAUUGUUAAUUUUAACAUAUUGACUGGGUACAAUAAAACUGAAACGUUUUUCUGAAUAAUUUUAAUGGCUACUAGUUAGCUAAACAGGAAGAGAUGGAGGGCAAUAAAAUGCAAAUACGAAUGUGCAACUUACUUUGUGUUUUCUAGUUGUCCGUUGUUAGGAUGACUUAUACAGAACCGUUCUUGUAAAUGGCAUUUACAGAGCAUAUGAGGGCAGGCCCUUGCUCUGAGUACUUUACAAUCUGUAGUUCAUGAGUUUUGUUUUAUCCCUUGUACUAUUUCCAAUGCAGCUACCUGAAAGUACUUAUCACAUCCCACUCUCCAUUUAAAAAAGCCAACCCAUGUUUGGGGAAGGGCCCUACCUCAGCUGAGAAUCAUUUGCUUUGCAAGGAGAAGCCUCCAUGGACACAGCUAUACAGCUGCAAAGAAAACGUUUUAAGUGUGUUUUAAGUGAAAUACGGUAUACAAUAUGACGCUAGAUGUUGAUGGUGAGCCUUACAGAAAAUUCAUUGUAUUUUUAAAAACUUUUUUUAAAAAUAGCAUUUUCAGAACGGUUUUUAAAUUUCACCUAGGUCGCAUAGCUGAUAUUUCCAGGCAGUGCUAUGAGAACUCCCUGUCUGAAAUCCUGGAGAGCUGCUCCAUACAGUGUGGGUUUUUAUGUUUCAUGUCAGAAUCUAAAGAAUCUAAUGAUGUCCUAUUUCUCAGCAUUCUAGUGUAUGGUCAGGCAAUUGCCUGCAGAGAUGGCUGUGAAGCACUUCUUGACACAGGGACGUCCUUCUUGCUCGGCCCAGCACCUGAAAUUAGCCAAAUCCAACAAGCCAUUGGAGUUACAAAAGUAAGAUUGACUUUUGCUGGUUGUCUUCAUACUGUAGCUGAAAGAGGCCCAGUACCAUUCUCUUCACUCCAGCGUCCAUACUCCAUACUCUAAUUGUUAGCUAGAGCUCAAGUUUCAGAGGCACACAACCAAAGGUGGUGAGGAUUAGGCUUGACCUAGGAUAUGGCCUGGACUGCAACUACUGAAACCUCAGUGCCACGCUUCAUAGUUCUUCAUGAUACUGCAGAUGCAUGCAAAUGUUCAUGAGCUUACAAACUACGCCCAUGGAAAUGGCAGGGAAAGAUAGCAAUCUGGGAGGGUGACAUCCCAUGAAAUAAGCACUGCCAGUGAGCCUGAUACUAAAUCCACACAGUUAAAUGAAGUGAUGGCCUUUUUUCAAUGGGCUUAUUGGCUUUUGGAAGAUUGUUCCCCAUUGCUAGAUCCCGAUGCAAUGAGAGUAUGAUCCAUGGAAGCUUCUCUUUGACUGAUGGUGAUUUCAUGUGUGACCUUGCCAUUUUCAUAUGAUAUAACCUGAGAAUCUCCCAUGGGUUUAUUGCACUGUUGCAUGUGCUUUGGGCUAUCCUUUCCUAUAUGCAGGGUUCUGAAAAGAGUCCACUAUACAGUACAGGAAAGGUGGCCACAUGCAAAACGCAACAAAACACUUGCACCUUUAAUAGUUGUACAGAGGAGGAACUUUCAGCAGGUAUUAGUUCUGCUGAAAACCCUUCUUCUACAUCCAAGUCCCAUACAGAUAGAGGGUGCAUUUCAUCCUUAUCACUCUAGUGUCCACACUCCAUACUCUAAUUGUUAGCCGGAGCUCAGGUUUCAGAGGCACACAACCAAAGGUGGUGAGGAUUAGACUUGACUUUCGAUACCUCCUGGCACUGGUACCAACUCCAUGGGGCCCAUUGGGGGCCCAGGCACCACACAAAAAAUUGUGGGUGUUUGGCACCGACACUGCGGAGCCUCCGUUGUGAUUUUGGGUGCUUCGCAAGGCUCCUGAAGUCACAUCCAAGGCCUUGCGGGGCCUCCCGAAGCGACAUUCAGGAGAAACCAGAAGUCAUGUUGGAGGCUUUGAGAGACCUCAGUCAUGACCCCGGAGGUCACAUUGGAGGCCUACCAGGAACUGCUGCAGCGUGUGCAAUGUAACGUGACAUCAAAAUGUCAAAACAUCACGUUACAUCACGGAUGCCAUUGGGCACCCAUAAUCUGGGGCCCAAGUCGGUGCCCCGCCCUGCCUCCUGGACUACAGCUGCUGGCACCUCAGUGUUAGCCUUCAUGGUUCUUCAUGAUACCUACUGCACAUGCAUGCAAAUGUGCAUGAGCAUCCAAGCUACAACAAUGGAAAUGGCAGAAAAAGAAAAUAAGCUGUGACAUCCAGUAAAGGAAGUGGGAGAGAGAGAGCACUGCUGUUAUUUCGUACUGUAGUCUGUCUCCAAAAUACAUUGGCUUUGUUUCCUCCAGACAACAUCUCUCAAAACAGAUUCAGUACAUCAGCCUGCCAUCAGCAGCCAUUUUAGAAUGGGGAUUUGGUCUCAUACUGGACUUUAAAAAUGGAUUGGAUCAUCUCCACUGGUUUAGACUGUGAGGUUUAGAUGUGAAGUGUUGAGGUGAUUUAUUUGUAAUAUUCAGCUAGAUGGCGUGCUUCUGUGCUACAGUGUUCUACAGUGUGCUGUUCAAACCUGUGAGUUACACUAGAUGGUUAUUAAGUUCUCACUUAAAGCGGUAUGCUUGCUUUCCCGAGAUUGGCUCAGGGACAAAUCCAUGACAUUUCUCGAGCAAACUUGAGGUUUGCUGGUUCAAUUCCUUCAUGAUCAGGAUAAUGCCCAAACUCAACUCUUCCUUAUCUCUUUCAGCAUUCCUUCAACUGCAGAAACCUCCACAACAUGCCAGAUGUUGUUUUUGUAAUCAAUGGAAUUCAAUAUCCUUUGACUCCACAUGCCUAUACUCAUAAGGUAUAUGAUAGAACUGGAAUAUUAUCUACUUGCCAUAAUAAUGCAGGUUCAAACAGUUUAGGGCAGAUUAGAAGUGCAAAAUAUUUAUGAACACAUGGGCUAAAGACAGGGGGAAAUGGAAUACGUUUGGGGGCAGAAAGCCUAUUAGAUAUCCUGAGACGGUCAGAAGAGCUGGACCCAAACUUGCAUGUCCUAUAGAAAAAAGGCCAAUGCAAAUUCCCACCAACAUAGUUUCAUGACAGUUUAGUAUCGUAUCUCUGACUGCAGAUGAUUCCCAUCCCAGGAAGGUUGCCUCUGACAUGUUGUAUAACAUGGGUGCUUGAUGACCCCGAGAAGGACUUAAACCUUCCAUCACAUAGAGCAACAUAUAUACUGUAUGCAGAUGUGUUUGUUUGACAGUUGCAGAUAUGGAACAAUUUUGAAGCAAAUAAUGUUCUUUCUCCCCUCGUUUCCUCUUUGUAGUGACAACACAAUCUAGAGAGUUUCUAAAUCUCACUCUCAGCAGCAUCCUAAUGCUCCACAUGUAGCCCUGAAGAAGGGCUUCUAUUGGCAGAGGGACACAGUGAUCCUAUCCUUUAUAGCUAGCAGGAGAGGUGGAGCGAGGAGGAGAUGGGAAAUAAGUCUCUUGUGAUCUCCAUUGACUCCAUAGGGAGGGGCCAUAGCUCAGUAGUAGAGGAUUUGCUUUAUCAAUAGAAGUUCACAGUUUAAACCUCCAACAUUUCCAAGUGGGCUUGGCAAAGAUUCCUUGUGUGGAACUGAUUCUAUCAUCUUUAAGCUGGCAUAAUUCCAGGGAUAAGAUGGCAUUUGCAUGCAAUUAUUUCUUCCAACAGAGGAGAGCAAAAAACAUUUUGAAUUGUGGAGACUGCCUAUAAUUUUAAAAUAGUUUGCUGACUUGUACAAUUUGGUUGUUCAUUAUUAAGGUAUUAUGCUAAUUAUUAUAGACUGAAUACACAAUUUACAAUAUUGUGCACUAUUACUAUUGUCCUAGUGUUACAUCUACAACAUUUAUCUCCUUUUGAGAUUUUUCUUCCAGGAAAAAUCCUUCCUUGUCCUUCUUUAUGUUGGAAUGUUACCUUAUGCUAGGGUUUAAAAUAUGGCAACCCUUCCUUGUGCAUUUUUACCUAGAAUAAUUUCUUGGUUGGUAUGGAUGUCGAAUCACCCACAUCUUAAGGAUAUCCUUUCCUUUCCUUACCUUCUAGGAUGACGACCAUUGCAAGAGUGGCUUUAGCUCUGGCAGCAAAGAUUAUGAUCACUUGAUACUAGGAGAUAUGUUCCUCAGAGAAUACUACAGUAUAUUUGACAGGGGGAACAACCAAGUUGGACUGGCAAAGGCAGUGUAA